GUUUUCUUUCUGUUCGUCGAGUCCAAUAACGCAAACACUUCGCAAAUCGACCAACGAACUGAGUCUGCGAAUUUCGGCCAGUGUACCUAUUUAAUCAAUGUCGUCAGUGUACGUAUCGGAGCCUCCGACGAAGGGUAAAGUGAUAGUGAACACGACGCACGGACCGUUGGACAUAGAGCUGUGGCCAAAAGAGGCACCAAAGGCCGUCAGGAACUUCGUGCAGCUUUGUCUCGAGGGUUACUAUGAUCAUACCAUUUUCCAUCGCAUUAUCAAAGAUUUUAUGGUUCAAGGUGGUGAUCCCACCGGUACCGGCCAAGGUGGUGAAAGUAUUUAUGGAGGUCUAUUUGCUGACGAGCUCCAUUCACGUCUAAGAUUUAAGCACAGAGGCUUAGUUGCUUGCGCGAGUGCUGGUGCACCGCAUACAAAUGGAAGUCAAUUCUUUAUAACCUUGGAUCGUUGUGAUCAUCUUGACCGGAAGCAUACCAUUUUUGGAAAGGUAACUGGGGAUUCAAUAUAUAAUCUUCUACGGCUAAGUGAUGUUGAGACUGAUAAGAACGAUCGGCCCUUGGAUCCUCCCCCAAACGUAAUCUCGGUUGAGGUACUGUGGAACCCUUUUGAUGAUAUUAUUCCAAGAGUAGCAUCUGCAAGGUCUUUGCCCUCAUCUAGAGUUGAUACAGACACGAGAGAUCCAAAGAAGAAAGUUAAAAAAAAUGUGAACUUGCUCUCAUUUGGAGAAGAAGCAAUUGAAGAGGAGAAGGAACUGGCAGCUUUCAACACUAAGAUAAAGAGCAGUCAUGAUGUAUUGGAUGAUCCUCGCCUCCUAAAGGAAGGAAUAUCAAGCAAGAACUUGGUAACAAUUGAGGACUUUCGUUAUGCCUUAUUGUUGCAUGGUAAAGCUACAAUAUGA